AUGAAGAAAGAUUCCGUAGAGGUGGAAGGGUACACCACCCUAACCCUCGAGCUCCCAGCCACAGAAGCCUACCCCAAACCAGCAACACACUACCUCUACAUCCGACCGCACGAACCCCGAAUUCCAGACCCAGACUCGACCCGCUCCCUCUUCCUCGUCAACACACCCAUCGACACAACAGAAGCACACCUCCGCGCCCUAUUCGCCACAUCCCUCUCAGCAGGCCGUGUGGAAAAAGUCCAAUUCGAAAAUGUCCCCAGCAACAAGAAACGCGCCGCCGCAGCCGCAGCAGCCGCAACAGAAACCGGCAUAGCCCACGGCUCACGAGGAAAUAGCAAGAAACGCAAACGUGCCCGCACCCUCGCUACAGCAGACGAACUCCAAGAAACCCUCGACGAAAUAAAAGCCCCCUCAACCUGGGACAGACAAUUACAAAAAUCCGGCUCUCACGCAAUUGUCAUUUUCGCCGAUAAACCAUCCAUGGAAGCCAGUCUCAAAGCAACGCUCAAGGCAUCAAAAAAGGGAACGCUAAUUCCCUGGGGCACCGGUGUGCCCGCUGAUCGCGUCGCGAACCUCGGCGUAUCGCGAUACAUCGCGCAUGAGAAAUUGCGGUAUCCGGAUCGAGCGGCGCUGUUACGAUCAGUGAAUGAUUUCAUGACUGUUUUCGAACAAGUUAAGGAGGCGAGACGUCGUGAGGAGGCGAGGAAACUUACUGAGCCUGAUGAGGAUGGAUUUGUUACUGUUUCGCAUGGACCGAAGCUUAAUUCGCUUGCUGAGGAGGAGGAGCUUAAGGCUCUUGUUGAACGGGAGAAGAAGAAGAAGAAUGAGGGUCUUGAGGACUUUUAUCGGUUCCAGUCGAGAGAGAAGAGGAAGGAGAAGCAGAAUCAGCUUCUUAGGGCUUUCGAUGAGGAUAAGCGGAAGUUGCGGGAUAUUAAGGAGCGAAGGGGGGAAGAUUAG